UUUAUUUAAAUAAGAAAGCGGAAGCACAGUUGGCUUAUGAAUUGCAAUCUGCAAAAAUGAAACAAAAAAUUAGAAAUGAAGAAAUUGAAAUAGAUGUGGUGGAGAGGAGAAAACAGAUUGGAAUCGAAGAGAAAGAGAUUCUGAGAAAAGAAAAAGAAUUAACUGCAACUAUUCGUUUACCUGCAGAAGCAGAAGCUUAUAAAGUUGAAAUGAUAGCCCAUGGAAAAAGGACUCAAACAGUUGAGGUAGCUAAAGCAGAAGCUGAACGCAUAAAGAUGCUGGGAGGUGCCGAUGCCUAUGCCAUUGAAGCAGUCGGAAAAGCCGAAGCCGAAAGAAUGAGAAUGAAAGCUGCAGCUUACAAACAGUAUGGAGAAGCUGCAGUGAUGAGUCUUGUCUUGGAGGCUCUUCCAAAAAUUGCAGCUGAAGUGGCAGCUCCUUUAUCUAAAACUGAUGAGAUUGUUUUGAAUAGCUGUGAUGAUCAGUUAACUUGUGGAGUAACUAAAUUAGUCAGUCAGUUACCUCCAGCUGUUCAUGCUUUGACUGGUGUGGAUGUUUCAAAGGUGUUGUCAAAAGUUCCAGGAGCAAAAUAAACCAAAAGGAAUUUUUGAGCAUCGGUCAACCACGACAAAGCUAUUGUUAAGCAUCUAAAAAACGAUACAGUUUCAAGUUUGUAUUUAAAAUUACGCUUACACAAUAUGAACGUUUUUAAGAAUCAUUCAUCUAUAUAUCUGGCAGCAAGUAUUACAAUUAUUCUACGAUAUCCAAAAAAACUAUUAGAAAAUACUAAAAUAACAUUUCAACUAUAAUAAUUUAUUUUAACAACGAAAGAAUUUUCUUCGUUUUUUUUAAAUGUGGAAUCCGAACUUCAAAUUAUGCAUUGUAUUACAUAACAUUGGUAACAUUUCGAUCUCUCUUCAAACGAUCUUUGAAAAUCAUUUCCAAAUUAUGGCUCUGAUUGUUUAAAAUCAAAUUAGGCUACACUAAUUUUUAUAUAAUUUAUUUUUUUAAAAUAAUUUCAGGAAUAUAAAGUGCAACAUUUUAAAAUUUUUUUAAAGCUUCUUAACAAAACAAUUCCUAAAUAUAUUGUCUUUUUAAGCAACUUUGAGCAAAGAAUUUCAUAAUAAGGGGCACGAGAUUUUUAGAAAUUCAAGACAUUUUUCUAAACUUAGUUGAAUUUACUUAAAAAGCAAAGAGGAAACAUUUUGAUCCAUUCAAUAAAUUUUUAUAUAGGGGAAAAAAACGUGUGAAUUUAUAUUGCACUUUUGCUAGAAAAUAAUAUUUGGGUGAGAACUCUUUGCAUUUAAAUACUUCUUUGUUAUGAAUUCUUAAGUAUCAAAUGAAAUAUUUGAGAUUUUUUUAUUACUAUUAUUGUUUUAUUUGUAAUUUGCAUUUAUAUUUAUUAAAAUUAGUUCAUAGUUUUCCAUCUUAUUUACAGACAAAAAAUUUAUAUAUAAAUCUACGAAUGGAAAAUUUAUGCAAUCACUAAUUGUUCAUAAAAAUUUGAUGCAGAUUUAUAAUCUAGUUAUUUAACAGCAUUGUUUUUUAUGCUAUGUGUAUGUCCAAAAGAUGCCGUUUAAUUAAAAAUUGUUCUAUUUUAUACGUAAUUUAAAUGGAAAAAUUUGUAAAAGCAAUUUUUAAUUUUAAUUUACAACAUACAUAAAAUUCUUCUCGUUUGGCUUGCUUUUCAUUAUCCUAAAUGGUGCAAGUUGUUUUCUUGCACUAAGCUUAGUUAAGAUGCUAAACGACAGCUCAAUUAGUUUGAUAACAUUAUCAAUAUCAAAAUAUAUCUUGUAUUUUCUCAUAGAUAUAAAAUUCUUUGCAAACUUUGCCCUCAAAAUAUGUCUUUAACAAGUGUUUUUGUAUUCUUCAAAAUAUGUGAGAAAACAAAUUUCAGCUUCUUUUAAGAAGUUGAGAAGUAUCUUGGAACACAAGCAAUUCAACACUUGAAUUGCUUGUGUUCCAAGAUAAAUGGUCAUUGCAAAGUGUUAGCAAAGUGUAUUUGGCUUGAAAGCCCUUAUUUGCACAAAUGUUGCAUCUCUUCUUGAGGAUCCAGGUUCAACUCCGAUCCCAGUUUCGUAAUUCAUCUUGGGAAGUAUGUAUUAAGAUAUUGUUUGCUGUUCUCGUACAUCCUGGCCAACCCCAGUGACAAGGGUCACCUGAAAUGGACAAAACUAUGGCCAACAUUCUAGUAUUGACAUGUCAGUACCUCACAUUUAACAAAUUGACUGACCAAAAAUAAAUUUUAAAGAAUCCAAAACUAUUUAAGAGUGAAUAAUUUCACUCCAUUAAAGUAGUUUGUGAGGAUUUUUAUCAUGUGUAAAUAUGGGUAUAUUAUUAACAAAUAAUAAAUUUGAAAAAUUGAUGGCAUCUAUAAGACACACAAUUAGCAUAGCGCUUGUUCUCUAAAAGCAAAUUAUUUAAUGAUUAAUUAAAGAGCCAAAGUACCACAUAAUUAAGAGAUUAUAAAUGUGCAAUCUUUUAAUGUAUUUU